AUGUUUCCAAUCUAAAAGGAAAAAAAAGAAUUAUAAGAAAAUUUAAAUUAAUUGAAUUAUUUUGAAGAUAUCAAAUAAUUAUCAGAAUUAUAUUCAAUAGAUUAAUAAAAAUCAAUUAAAUUAAUAGAAGAUAAUAUAUUUAUAGAUGAAUUAAUAAGAUAAUUUGAAUUAUUAUUUAAUAAUGCUGAAUAUUAUUAAACUUUAGACAUAUUCAAAAAUACAAAAUAAACAAUUUAAGAUAUAAUGGAAAAUAAUAUUAUUGAAUUGCCACCAUUAUUAUUAACAAAAAUGAUUUUGUAAAUAAUAAAUUAAAAUAGAAAACACCAAGUUUAAGUAGAAUUUGUUUAAAUCAUAAAAAAGAAAUAAUAAUGA